UCGGUUCAGCCCACCCGAGCUUGACGACAGCAAACACACACAAGAUGGCAGCGUUGGAAGACGAGUUUGAAGAUGCGCCUGAUGUAGAGCCUUUAGAACCAACACUGAAGAAUAUCAUCGAGCAGAAAUCUUUAAAGUGGAUAUUUGUAGGUGGAAAAGGUGGUGUAGGUAAAACGACGUGUAGCUGUAGUUUGGCUGUUCAACUGGCUGCUGUCAGAGAGAGCGUCCUCAUAAUUUCUACGGAUCCUGCCCAUAACAUCUCUGACGCUUUUGACCAGAAAUUCUCAAAGGUGCCUACAAAGGUGAAGGGCUAUGACAACCUCUUUGCUAUGGAAAUUGAUCCCAGCUUGGGUGUGGCAGAGCUGCCCGAUGAGUUCUUUGAGGAAGACAACAUGCUCAGCAUGGGCAAGAAGAUGAUGCAGGAGGCCAUGAGUGCCUUCCCCGGCAUUGAUGAAGCAAUGAGCUAUGCAGAGGUCAUGAGGUUAGUGAAAGGAAUGAACUUCUCAGUGGUUGUCUUUGACACUGCUCCUACCGGCCACACGCUGCGCCUGCUUAACUUUCCCACCAUUGUGGAACGAGGCCUGGGCAGACUCAUGCAGAUCAAGAACCAAAUCAGUCCAUUCAUCUCCCAGAUGUGCAACAUGCUCGGCCUGGGUGACAUGAAUGCAGACCAGCUGGCAUCCAAGCUGGAGGAGACUCUGCCAGUCAUCCGUUCAGUUAGCGAGCAGUUCAAAGAUCCUGAACAGACCACCUUCAUUUGCGUGUGCAUCGCCGAGUUCCUGUCCCUGUAUGAGACGGAGAGGCUGAUCCAGGAGCUGGCCAAGUGCCGCAUCGAUACACACAACAUCAUUGUCAAUCAGCUGGUUUUCCCAGACGCCGAGAGGCCGUGUAAAAUGUGUGAAGCGCGACACAAAAUUCAGUCCAAGUAUUUGGAUCAGAUGGAGGAUCUUUAUGAAGAUUUCCACAUAGUCAAAUUGCCGCUGCUUCCCCAUGAAGUUCGAGGUGCCGACAAGGUCAACACUUUCUCUAAGCAGCUUCUGGAACCCUACAAACCACCAAACAAGUAACUCUCUUCCUUGUGGGACCACAGCUUCACCACUCCCUGAGCCCAAAGACCACGCCUCCCAGUAAUACUCAACCCGUUGUGCAAACCCGAAUCGUGUGAGGCCCGACACCUCAGUUUGGUGCUGCCUCUGUGUCAUCUCAUCUUCAAUACAGUACUAUUCCACUUUUGAAUAAAAAAAACAUACUUCCUGUCCUCCAUCCUGACUAUCAUCACUUUCCAAUAACAAUGCUUCAAUGCUUCUUACUCUACAAACCAACAGCUUUGAAAUGGUCCUGGUUUGGUAUCUGUCUUAUUUUUAACUCCCAUUUCCGGCAGCCCAGAUCACUGCAGCGUCACUGUGUCAGUACAAAAUAUAUCAAUCUUUUUAAAAUAAACCCCCACCUGUCAUUUUGUACAUUUCCCUCAGUCAAGACAAUCCACAUUACAGGAAAAAGCAGAACAGAUCAGGUUAAGAUUUGAUUUCCUGUUGAUCACAAAUGUAAUGGAAACAUCCAGCGUUCAGACAGGUUUGCCUUAUGAGAUGACGACACCCGCCACCUCAAACUUUCCAUGCAGUGGAACAAGAUGGAAUAUUUAAAAAUGUAACUGUACAUAAUGAUUUUAAUGUCAUAUUUACCACAAAUUUCAUGGUGUUUUCAAUCAAAUAGGGCAAUCCUCGGUGAACGCAGGGUGUUCCCUUGAAUGUCAUCAAGAAUUACACAUGGAACUUCAUUGGUAUAUGAUGCAAAAAAGGCUAAAGGGAAUCUGUAUUUUGUUUAUUUAAGCUCUACUGGGCUUGACGCGUGAGGCUCCAUCUUUUAACUAUUAUUCCGAGAACAUAACAAAGGUACAUUACACGUCCAGCUCCAUGAAGUAUAUUAAGUGCAUUGUUAUGAAUUGUAAGAGUAUCUGAUGAUGGGUACUCAGUCAACAUAAAGUAAAACCUUUUGUUAGUGAAUGCUUGAGCGGAAAUUCUGUUUUCUAUGAACCUCCUUUUAAAUGAUGCUGCGAAUGUUAAUUAAAUAAACCUACUUCAACUUGA